GCACAUUCUCCUCACUCUCCCAUCCACUCCUUCAGCUCCAUCUUGUUGGGAACAACGUGCAUCUGCAGCCCCCAGCCAUGUCCUGCUUCACCCGGUGCCAGCCCUGCCAGCCCUGUGGCCCCACCCCACUGGGCAGCAGCUGCAAUGAGCCCUGUGUCAGGCAGUGCCAGGACUCCACCGUGUUCAUCCAGCCCUCACCUGUGGUGGUGACCCUGCCUGGGCCCAUCCUCAGCUCCUUCCCACAGAACACCGCCGUGGGAUCCUCCACCUCUGCUGCUGUUGGCAGCAUCCUCAGCUCUCAGGGAGUGCCCAUCAGCUCUGGGGGCUUUGGCCUCUCUGGCCUGGGCAGUGGCCUCUGUGGCACCAGGAGCCUCCCCUGCUGAAGCUGCUCCCUGCACUGUGGCCUCCACCUGGAUCCCCCUCUUUCCUCUUUUGACACAUUAAAUUCUGCUGCAUCCCA